GGUCUGCAGCGGCGGGUGAGGAACGUCGUCUGCGCGCGCGCUUGUGCCAACUGUCUGUGCGCUUGAGUGUGUGCGCGUGUGUGUGUGUGUGCGCGCGCGCGCGUGUGUGUGUGCAGAGCACGCACACAUGUGCCUCUCCCGGUGAUGUGAGAAAUCAAGAGGGACACAUCUCUUAAGCCUCCUUGUGGUGGGAUUUCAAUUUGACGCACUAAACGUAGCGCGCGUCUUCGCUCUCACACACUCUCCCUGCAUGUGUGUCCGCUCGCUGCAGCUCCGGCGUCGGGCAAACCCUCUCACUGCUGCACUUCAGCCAAUGUGGAACAACUCGUCUGCAGCCGGCCGCCUCGCAUGGCUCCUAAAGAAGCGGAUAUGCCCCAGUGCCACGGGAGACUGACGCCUUCACUGUCUUCCUCUCCUCCGCAAAUGGUCCUCUCAGGGAGUUAUGGUCAGUAAGGAGGCAGGCCGCUGCACUCUGUCAAGCUCAGAGUCUGACUCGGAGUCCGGCGGUCCUUCGGUGGAGCGAAGCGGAGCAGACGCGGUACGCAAGCGAAACAAAGCCCUCCAGGUGCGUUUUAAAGACAUCUGCGAGGCGCAGAAUGAGGCCGCCCACCGAGGUGCCAGAGACCGCUCCGUUUCCUGCAAGGUCAUCCACCGGAGGUACAUGACCAUGCCGGCGCGCCGCUCCAUCCCAAACGUCACCAAGAGCACGGGCGUGCAAACCUCGCCCGAUUUGAAAAAGCGCUACCAGACUUUCCCCUUCGAGCGCAAAAAGGGAAACGUCAUCAAACACACUGCUCUAGUGGAGAACUACCCAGAUCAAAACAAUGGCUUUUUGAGUGACGUGAAGAGCGGGGAACGUGGGACGAGGUGCGAGGGUCGGGUGCAGCAGACCCGGGUGUUGCUCCACACUACUCCGCAGUGCAGCGACGCUAAGGACUUGUGCGCUGGGCUGGACUGUUCAGAUGGGAAACUCUGCCCUGACCUGUCAGAAUCGCUUUCAGAUCAGUCGAACUCAAGGAGGGAAGCCAGUGUCCUGGGGGAUGGAACCAAGCACAAAGGAUUACCCGGUGAAAGCGAGGCAGGGGCAGCCCAGCAGCCCAACUGUGCCUCCUCGACCACUCCGACUCAACCUCUGCAGGUCAGGGGUGACUGUUCAAAGAUUUCUGGCCCUAUUGCAUGGACAUCUUUGACUCAAGUGGAAUGCCCGGAGAGUCCCUCAGGGAGCUGCAAACGCAAAAAAGACACGGCGCAGCUGAACGGAUUGCAGGCGCAGUCCCAGACUUUGCCUCAUUCGGCGAGUUGCGCUUCCCAGGCCCACUGUCACAGUGGCCAAAACUCGGGCGCAUCAGAGACCCGGCAGGGCACACAGGGGCAGCUGAUUGCUCUCCCCGGGGCCGAUGGGAAUGUGAAAGCCAGGCUUCAAGCCAUGGAGGCUCUGAUCAACUCCAGUCAAGAAACCAUCAAAGUGCUGCUGGGGGUCAUUCAGGAGCUGGAAAGAGGAGAAGCACAGCGAGAGGGACUGUCUUAUCGAACUGGGCAGGAUACAGCCAACUGUGACACGUGUCGUAACAGUGCCUGCAUCAUAUACAGUGUGGAGCUAGAUUUUAAACUUCAAGAGGACAAACUUCAGCCCUUAAUGAAGAGACUGUGUCCAUUAGAAGAGCCGUCCUACCCCUCUCUGCCUUACACACACGAGGUGUUCACCUCCACACCCAAACGCAAGUCCAAGACUGAGACCAAGAAGCAUGCACGAUGGAAACUCUGGUUCCUCUAACAUAUGGAUUCAGGAUCUCUGAAACCAUCACAAACGAGCAAAUUCCAGUGGAAUUUUGCUUGACUAAUUGGAUAAAUACGGAGCAAUGCUCACUGCUAGCCACCGUUUUGGAACAUGCAUCACGGGAUUCAAUGAGCGACUGGAUUUUAGUAAGGAAUAACAGUUGUUUUCUAAUCAUGACCCUCUGAUGAACCCUCUGAGUUUGGGAACUGUUGAAUUCACCUGAUCUCACAUUUUACAAUGGGAUUACACAAUGAUCCUUAGGUUUAGUCAAGUUAGCAAGGGACCCUGCAGAGGCGACAAGAAACUUCAAAGCUAAACGCUAGUUUGCCACAAAACUACUUUGGAGCCGUACAUCAAAGACAUCUAAUCAGCAAAGCACAAACUUUUGAGAAUUAUAAAGUAGAUUUGAUAGCUAAGAUAUACCUCUGUCUCUUUCCCAGUCUUUCUUUCUUUCUUUCUUUCUUUCUUUCUUUCUUUCACCUCUUUCAUUUUAAAUGAAAAUUGAUUAUAAUUCUAUGACAGAAUAAAUGAAAUUAAUAAAAUGAAAUUAGUGAGUUAUGCAGUAUCAGCUGACUGCAUGCACUAAUAAUCAAUGUCUUUGUAGAGAUAUUUUUCUGGAAAAUGUUGAGAAUGCGCUAUUAGAAAUGGUUAGGUUGUAAUAAGAGAUUACACUGGUGUUCUCAAAAAAAGGAUAAAAUGAAUACAGUAUGAUACAGUAAUUUGUCUUUCAGUUACAUAGAUUUCUUUAUCAAAUAAUGGGCCAAUAUCAGUAUUUCUGGAAUAAGAAAAACAUUUUCGAUGUGCAGAUAUUCAGGUCUGCAACUAUUUUCUUGGGAAUAUGAUGCUGUAUUUACAACAUACUGUAAACCUAGGUCAUUUUUUCAGUAAUUAUAUUUUUCAGACUCAUAAAGAUGCUUGAGAAUUGGCUGGAGACUGCAGACAAUAUGUUCCAUGGUGGAAAAAAAUAUGAGAAUGCCUCAAAUCUGUUUAGAUGAUCAUUGUUUCGUGUUAUAGGUUGGAGAGUGCACAAAUACAGAACACAAACCAGUAGAAAUAGGCUCUAUCCCAUAAAACACAGCACUCUGUUGAAGAUGUCGUGUCAUUUGCUCAAUUAAAUUUUAAUAUGAUGGCAGUCAAUCACUGAAAUCUUGUGCUUGUUUACCCACCUAAGGCAAAAUAACGACACGAACAAAACACACAAUUUGGGAAGAUUAAUAAUGCAGGUAACAUAUAGAGGGCUAUGUAUAUACAAACUGUGCUUAGCAUUUUAUUAGCUUUAAAGAGUCUUUGUGUUAGAUAUUCACAAGUCUAAUGUCUUCACUACAGUGCCAAACACUGUAUUUAGCUGGUAGCCCAAUAACCUUCAUACGUGGAGGUGUUUUUGAUAACUAUAGGCUAUAUAUUUAAAAGUAAUAAUAAGUUCAAACUAAAAAUAUAUUGGUCAAAGUAUCUUGUUGUUUAAUUGGAGCACAGUACCUGCAUAUUCUUGUAGCAUAACACAAAUGCAUCAUUUUACCUUGAGAAAGUGCAAUUGAUUUAUAUUGUGCAAUAUUACAUUUUAUACAAUUUCUACCCACAGUGCAUUUACAAUAAAGAAACAGAUGCAAAAUA